UCUGUAAGCUAAGCCAACAGUUUCCCUGCCUGCCUCUUUUCUGUGACACAAAGCAGUGAAAGAAGCAUCCAAAAGUGUUGACAUUUGAAUCCCUAUUUUGAUACAAACGUAUCAGUAGGAAGCAAAAGUCUCCAUCGCCCAGAUAUUGACAAUACCAUGACUUGUUUGCCUGAGAAGAUGCCUCUUCAGAUGAUAUCGACCAUUAACAAUUCUUCACUGAUCCAGCCAGGAUUUUCACUGCUGAACUUUGAUGGCCGUGUUUUCUUGUUUGGACAGAAAGGCUGGCCAAAGAGGUCCUGUCCGACAGGAGUUUUCCUUCUUGAUUUCAAAAAGGAAGAGCUCAAACUGAAGCCAGCAUACUUCUCUAAGGAUUCUUGCUACCUUCCCCCUCUGCGGUACCCUGCCAUCUGCACUCCCAAAGGCAGUAUGGCCCAGUCUGAGAAGUGUCCAUACUUCAUCCAUGGAGGGAAAACACCCAACAAUGAACUUUCUGAUAAGCUGUACACCAUGAGCCUAAUCAGCAAGAAUAGCAAGAAAUUCACAUUUAGGUGUACUGAGAAAGAAUUAGCUGGGGAGGUCCCAGAAGCCAGAUAUGGCCAUACCAUUAAUGUGGUUCACAGUCAAGGUAAAAGUAUAAUUGUUAUAGUUGGGGGGAGAUCAUACAAGGCCCUCGGAGAGAGGACAACUGAAAACUGGAACAGUGUGGUUGACUGUAUGCCAUAUAUAUUUCUGGUUGACCCUGAAUUUGGAUGUUGCACCUCACAUGCCUUCCAAGAGCUUAUGGGGGGAUUCUCUUUUCAUCUCUCCCUUGCUAGAAAUGACACCAUCUAUAUCAUAGGAGGCCAUUCCAUUGAAAGUAAUACGAGACCCCCAAAUCUCUAUAGAAUAAAAGUUGACCUUCCCUUAGGAAGCCCAGCUGUGAACUGUAGUGUUUUGUCUGGUGGGAUCUCAGUAUCAAGUGCCAUCAUGACCCAGACUGGAGACCAGGAAUUUGUCGUUGUUGGGGGCUACCACUCUGAUAACCAGAAGAGAAUGGUUUGUAAUACAAUCAACCUAGAAGAUAACAAGAUAGAGAUAGUGGAAAGAGAGGCACCAGAAUGGACCCCAGAUAUCAAACACUGCAAGAUAUGGUUUGGGAGUGAUAUGGGAAAUGGUGUCAUACUGUUUGGUAUACCUGGAGACAACAGGCAGCUAAUUUCAGAUGCUAACUACUUUUACUUGUUGAGAUGCAGAGAAGAAAGUGAUCAGGACCCAGAACAGAUGGCACAAGUGUGCAGUCAGAGUUCUACAGAAGAUGCAGGAGAGUCUACGCCUUUUGAAGAUUCAGAGGAGUUCACUUUCAGCUUUGACAUUGACACCUAUAAUGAAGAUGAUGAAGAAGAUGAGUCAGAAACAGGCUAUUGGAUCACCUGCUCUUCAGGCUGUGAUAUUGAUAUCAACACCUGGGUGCCCUUGUACUCAACAGAGCUCAACAAGCCAGCAAUGAUCUUCUGUUCAAAUGGAGAUGGUCACUGGGUCCACGCUCAGUGCAUGGACUUAUCUGAAGACAUGCUUAUUCACCUUUCACAGGUAAACACCAAGUACUUCUGCCCUGAGCAUACCAGUUUGGCCAGGGGACUGCAAACUCCCAAGGAGACUCCUCCAGUGGAAAAGCCACCCAUGAAAGCAUUGCACAGGAAAAAACCCAUGACAAUAUUCACUCCUGCAAAAAAGUCAUUUAUCCGGAAGCUAUUUCAAUAGUCUAACAGUCAUGAAUGGCAUUUUGGUAUGAAAAACUCUGAGAUCCCAAUUCAGUGACCAGUAACAAAUCAAAAUAGUUUUUUAUGAUUUCAUAGUGAUGCUUUGGUUUUAACUUUUUUGUUUUGUUUGUAAUUAUUUGGAUUUAUUUCAGUUUAAUAUGAUGAUCACA